AUGAUGGCGAUGAUGACUGGCCGUGCGCUGCUGGUGUGUGCCCUCUGCGUGCUGUGGUGCGGUGCCUUUGUUUCUGUGGCCGAGGGACCUGGUGAGGUUGCAGAGGCUGGUGUGGAGAUACCUGAUUCUCAGCAACAAAUGGCAGAUGGCAUACAACGAGAAGAAGGAGGUACAAAAGGAAAACAAUUACAAGGAAAAGAUACACAAAAUGAAGUUGAACAAGUAUUAAAACAAGGGGAGGAUCAAGAAAGACUGAAAAAAAAAGAGGAAGAAGGAAGGGAAAACCAGGAGCAAAUCUCACUACAAAAAAAUGCUCAAGCGCUCGAAGAGAAAGAAAAAUCAACACGCGAGCCCGCAGGAGGGUCAUUGGAAGGAAGAAAAAUUGGUGAUGGUUCUGGAGGUCGACAACAAAUAACUGUUGAGGAGGUUGGGAAACCGAACGAAGAAGGAGUUCUGAAGUCCGAAGAAAAAGUAGAAGUUGUAGUUGGCAAAGAUGCUUCGGGAGUGAAUUUAACUGCCAGCCAGCAGGAAACAUCAGGCAUACAUACAGGAGAGUCUCCUGGCCAAAGCCAAAAAGAAGGCGGAAAAGAAGAGGAUGACAGAAAAGACAAAGAACGUGAGCAACACGAUCAACAACAAGAAGAGAAUAAAAGAAAACUACAAGAACAAAAUCAAAUGCUGCAGCAACAGCAACAACAAAAACAACAACAGGAUCAAGGAAGAGAACAUUCAGAAAACAAUCAAAAAGAAUCCACAAAAGAUAAAAAUGGUGUUGGUACAAAUCAAACCGCAAUUACUCACAACAGCGACAGCAGCACCGCGGCAACCGCGGCCCUGCGGUCUGAUGCUGGCACAGAAGACACUCCAACCACCAAUCAUCCGAACCGACCCUCCACUGAAGGCGCCACACCACCCGAAAAGACUUCCGAUGGUGAAGCUGCAUCAGCCAACAAAUACGACACGGUCCCUCAGAGUGCAGGAUCCACAACAGCGCCAACCACAAACGCCAAAGUAGGUGAUACGGCGAAGCCUGUCGACAAUGACAGCAGCAGCGCGGCCUCUCACACCACCUCCCCUCUUUUGCUUCUUUUUGUUGUUGCGUGUGCGGCUGCUGCUGCGGUGGUGGCCGCGUGA